CUUUUUCUUUUUUUUUUCUCUUUAUCCAAUAUAAUUCAUCAUGGUUUUACCUUUCACUGUACUUAAAUACGAACCCAAAACCUCUGUCCAAAAGAUUGACGGUGCUGCUCUUAUUGUUCUACAAGAAUGGUGGGGUAUCAAUGAUACUAUCAAGGCUCAUGCCCAACAUGUCUCUGACGCUACUGGUCUUCAUGUUGUACUUCCUGAUUUGUACAAAGGCAAAGUUGGAUUGACUGCAGAGGAAGCUAGUCAUUUGAUGAAUCAUCUAGACUGGAAGGUAGCUAUUCAAGAACUUGAACAAUUGACAAAAGAACUUCGUACUGAAGGAUACACCAAAAUCGGUGUGAUGGGUUUCUGUAUGGGUGGUGCCUUAUCUUUAGCACUUGCCUCUCAUGCUGCUCAAGUAGAAAUCCCCAUUCAAGCUGCUGUUGCAUGUUAUGGUAUUCCACCUGAUAAUUUUGAUGUUACCAAGAUAACUGAUGCUACAGCCAUUCAAGGUCAUUUCGGUGGAAAGGACACUAUGGCUGGAUUCAGUGAUCCUGCUGCAGUGGAUGAACUCGAACGCAAGUUACAUCAUCUCAAGCAUGUUACUCUUUAUCGAUAUCCUGAACAAGGUCAUGCUUUCUUGAAUGAAGAUACUUGGGCGAUUCAAAAGAGAAAGGAACUUGGAUUUGUUAGCAAGGACAUUGAUCCCAAAUUGGAUGAACAAUCUGUACGUGAAUUGGCUUGGUCAAGAAUCACAGGUUUUUUAGUAUCACAUCUCAAAUAGGUUUGCUAGAGUAGUAUAGUUUAUGGAACCUCCCGUAAUCCUUUUAUUCUUCUCUACCUUUUACUUUUUUUUUUCUUUUUUUGCGACUGAUAACAUAUAAUAAAAAAAAAAAACUCGUUUGGACUAAUUA